GGCCGGGCCGCAGGGCGCAGGCGCAGAGCGGGCGAGGGGGAAGGGGGAAGCCUCUCUCCUCUCCUCCUUCUCUGCCUGCAGGCCCGCCCGCUCGGGGACUCUCAGGGGACGAUGGCCACCAGCGAGCGCACGUUCAUCGCCAUCAAGCCGGACGGCGUCCAGCGCGGCCUGGUCGGGGACAUCAUCAAGCGGUUCGAGCAGAAGGGCUUCCGCCUCGUGGCCCUGAAGUUCGUGCACGCGUCCGAGGACCUGCUGAAGGAGCACUACCUCGACCUGAAGGAUCGGCCCUUCUACGCGGGGCUGGUGCGCUACAUGCAUUCUGGACCCGUCGUGGCCAUGGUGUGGGAAGGGCUGAACGUGGUGAAGACGGGCAGGGUGAUGCUGGGGGAGACCAACCCCGCCGACUCCAAGCCGGGCACCAUCCGCGGCGACUUCUGCAUCCAGGUCGGCAGGAACAUCAUCCACGGCAGCGACUCGGUGGAAAGCGCCGAGAAGGAGAUCGGCCUGUGGUUCGGGCCGGAGGAGCUGGUGUCCUACCGGAGCUGUGCCCGCGACUGGAUCUACGAGUGAGGCGGCGGUCGGUGCCCCGCGCCUCGUUCCCCGUGCGCCGGCCGGCCCGGCGGCGGCGGCCGCCUCCUCCCGCCCCUCGGAGCCCCCGCCCCCUGUCCUCCCUGCUGCCCGUCCCAAUAAAAAGACCCUUCGAGUUGGCA